AUGGCAAAACGACAUCUCAACGACGAUAGUGUCGCUCGCAAAAGACACAAACCCACAACCGAUCACCACCAACCACAGCUCAGCCCCCUCACCAUUGACGUGAUGCCUCGCCUACACAGUCAGCGCAUUUACGAAGAAGCGGAGGGCUCCUAUAAUAAAGGCCAGCGUUAUCUAGCCAAAGGAGAUGCCAAUCUACGCGAAAUGUUGCCGACCAGUGACGGGCGAGACAUGAAGUAUGAGCACUUCACGCCCGUUCAGCACGAAUCAGUCAACACUAAGACUUUCGACGAAGCUAUUGUCAGGGUUAGAGAAUUUGAGAGGAAAGAGAGGUUAUGGGAGGAGGAGAAGAUGGCCUGUAAAGAGAAAUGCGGCAAACAGGCUCGGGUGAUCCAGGAUCUGAAGAAGAAGAUCAGCAAAUUGAACCGCAAGAUCAAACAUCACUAG